GGGGCGGGCGGCGGCCGCUGGGCGAGCCCUGCGCCGGGCGAGCGGCCGCCGCGCCCCAUGCUGCUGCCCCUGGCCUGCCUGCACGGGCGGGUGGCGCAGUGCCUGGCCGCGCUCCUGGUGCUGGCGCCGCCGCUGCCGCGGCCCCGGCGCACCGCCAGGGCGCACGGGGCCAGGGCGCACGGAGCGCCGCCCUGCCCGCGCGCGGCGGCCGCCCUGCCCGCGAAGAUGGCCGCGGAGCUGUACCCCGCGCCCGGCGCCGCCGCCGCCACCGACAUCGCCAACAGCAACGCGGGCGCCGCCGCCGCCGCCGCCGCGGGCAGGAAGGGCCCGCCCAGCGCCCCGCCGCCCGCCCCGCCGCCGCCCCCCGCGCCGCCCGCGCCCGACAACAACAACCCCGAGAGCCCCAGCUGGCAGUCGGUCCACCCCACCCUGCGCGAGAGGAAUGCUCUGAUGUUCAACAACGAGCUCAUGGCCGACGUCCACUUCGUCGUGGGACCCCCGGGCACUGCCCGCCGAGUGCCUGCUCACAAGUACGUCCUGGCUGUCGGGAGCUCCGUCUUCUAUGCCAUGUUCUACGGGGACCUGGCCGAGAUCAAGUCGGAGAUCCACAUCCCCGACGUGGAGCCGGCCGCGUUUCUCAUCUUGUUGAAGUACCUGUACAGUGAUGAGAUCGACCUAGAGGCAGACACGGUGCUGGCCACGCUCUAUGCUGCCAAGAAGUACAUCGUCCCCGCGCUGGCCAAGGCCUGCGUCAGCUUCCUGGAGACCAGCCUGGAGGCCCGGAACGCCUGCGUGCUGCUGUCCCAGAGCCGGCUCUUCGAGGAGCCGGAGCUGACCCAGCGCUGCUGGGAGGUGAUCGACGCACAGGCCGAGAUGGCGCUGCGGUCCGAGGGCUUCUGCGAGAUCGACUGGCAGACGCUGGAGGUGAUCGUGGCCCGGGAGGCACUCAACACCAACGAGGCGGUGGUGUUCGAGGCGGUGCUGAGCUGGGCCGAGGCCGAGUGCAAGCGGCAGGGCCUACCCGCCACCCCGCAGAACAAGCGGCACGUGCUGGGGCCGGCCCUGUACCGCGUGCGCAUCCCCACCAUGACGCUGGAGGAGUUUGCCAACGGCGCCGCGCAGUCGGACGUCCUCACCCUGGAGGAGACCCACAACAUCUUCCUGUGGUACACGGCGGCCAACAAGCCCCCGCUGGAUUUCCCGCUGGCCAAGCGCCGCGGCCUGGCACCGCAGCGGUGCCACCGCUUCCAGUCCUCCGCCUACCGCAGCAACCAGUGGCGCUACCGCGGCCGCUGCGACAGCAUCCAGUUCGCUGUGGACCGUCGGGUGUUCAUCGCGGGCCUGGGCCUGUACGGCUCCAGCUCGGGCAGGGCCGAGUACAGCGUGAGGAUCGAACUCAAGCGGCUGGGGGUGGUCCUGGCGCAGAACCUGACCACGUUUGUGUCCGACGGCUCCAGCCACACCUUCCCCGUGUGGUUUGAGCACCCGGUGCAGGUGGAGCAGGACGCCUUCUACACGGCCAGCGCCGUGCUGGACGGCAGCGAGCUCAGCUACUUCGGGCAGGAGGGCAUGACCGAGGUGCAGUGCGGGAAGGUCACCUUCCAGUUCCAGUGCUCCUCGGACAGCACCAACGGCACCGGCGUGCAGGGCGGGCAGAUCCCCGAGCUCAUCUUCUACGCCUGAAUCGCACUCACGGCUCGAGGGGCAGGGAAGCCCCUGUGCGAGGGGCGCCCGGCACUGUGGCGGGCCUCGGUGGCGGCCCUGCCAGUGGCCCUGUGCCGCCUGCCUGCCGUCCUCUCUCCCUUACUCCUGUCCCAAGUGGAACGUAAGGCUUCCCUUCCCACCGGGCAGGGAAGAGUCAC